GUUCUGCCAAGUUUAACUUCGACUAAUGUAUUGGCUCCUGUGGAUCUGCCUUCCCUACCUUUUGACGUAUUUGUGCCUCGUCAAGGCGACACGAUGCUUAGUGAAAAAACAAAUCUGUACUUUGAUGCAGGUUUAUACUCUACAAGGCUGAAGCAAUCGACCAUUCGCCAUAGCAGCCGAUCAUCAACUUUCCACCCUCAAAGUGGCCGAAAGGGUCUGCUCCGACGAAGGCGGUUUCGUUGUAAAAACGAAGGAGGAGAUGUUGAACCGGAUGGUCUUGCACUUUUCGGGACUACUGACAGCGGAACUCUGACAUUUUGGCCUCUGCAACAGGGGCGGCCGGCUUUUCGGCUUAGAUUGACAUGUUCUCUAUCCGCAAAUAGCGACACGGAGACCCCACCGAGGCAGAAGGCCAUUACCGUUCCAGAGAUAGGCCGAUUCUGCCGUCGGCUGAAGGAGGAAGAAAGCAUCUCAAGUGCCAAAGGAGAAGCGGCGUCGCUCGGACAU